AUGUCACCAAAAAAGCCCAACUUUCUGGUGAUUGUAGCCGAUGACCUGGGAUUCACAGAUGUUGGUUGUUUUGGUGGUGAAAUUCACACUCCAAAUCUGGACAGAUUGGGUCAAGAUGGCCUGAGGUUUUCAGGCUUUCACACCGCCUCUGCCUGCUCACCCACAAGAUCAAUGUUACUUUCGGGAACUGAUAAUCACUUAGCUGGUUUAGGGCAAAUGGCAGAAUAUGCAAGGGGAUUCCCCGAAAAGUUUGCCGGAAAACCAGGCUACGAGGGGUAUCUGAACUUUAGAGUUGCAGCGCUGACCGAAAUUUUGAGUCCUGAGUACUACACGCUGAUUUCAGGCAAAUGGCACUUGGGACUCGACGAACCGCAUUGGCCAGAUAAAAGGGGGUUUGAAAAGAGCUUCACUCUGUUGCCAGGAGCUGGGAAUCACUAUAAAUUCGACAUUGAAGAGAAGAACUUCAUGCCCUUUAUCUAUCAGGAAAAUGGUCGCCGCCUAGAUGUUGAAAAAGAUUUGCCAGAAGACUUUUAUAGUACGGAAUACUUCACCGACAAGUUUCUUGAAUAUCUGGACGACAAUGAACAACGAGAUGAGAGACCAUUUCUGGGGCUUCUUACUUAUACCGCUCCACAUUGGCCCUUACAAGCACCUCGCGAGACAAUAGAGAAAUAUAAAGGCCGCUAUUCAGAAGGGCCUUUGGCGUUGAGACGUAGCAGAUUGAGAAACGCGGCAAAGCAAGGGAUAAUUGAAGAAGGAGUCAUACCGCAUUUGGUCGAAACAAAAAAUGAUAAAGUGUGGGAUGAACUCAAUCAAGAAGAUAGGGACAUCUCAUCUCGCAUAAUGGAGACAUACGCUGCUAUGGUAGACGAAUUGGACAAAAACAUUGGACGUGUACUGGACAAAUUGGAGGAGACUGGUGAGCUUGAUAAUACGGUGAUCAUAUUUAUGUCCGAUAAUGGGGCAGAGGGCAUGCUUCUCGAGGCCCUUCCAUUUGGAGGCAAAGUUUUCGGGGAUAAAAUCACCCAAAAGUACGAUAACAGCUAUGCUAAUAUUGGCAAUGGAAACAGUUUUGUUUUUUACGGCGACCUGUGGGCACAGGCUGCCACGGCCCCGCGGUAUAUGUACAAAAUGUGGGCUACAGAGGGCGGAAUCAACUGCCCCUUGAUUUUUCACUACCCGCCACUAACGAAAGAACGGAAGUCCGGAAAUGUGAUUGAUGAGUUCACCACUGUGAUGGAUAUAUUGCCGACGUUGCUAGAGCUAGCAGGAACACCCCACCCAGGACCACGAUUUCAAGGCCGCGAGGUUCAUACUCCUAGAGGCAAAUCAUGGCUGCCAUAUCUGCAAGACUCGCUGAAUCGUAUUCAUGAUGAACACACCUUGACCGGAUGGGAGCUCUUUGGGCAAAGGGCUAUUAGAAAAGAUAAUUGGAAAGCGGUUUACAUCCCUGAGCCAAUGGGUACGGGAGAUUGGCAACUCUUCGACUUGUCGAAAGACCUUGGUGAGACCACUGAUGUCAGAUCCGAAUACCCUGAGAAGCUCAAUGACCUUGUUGAAUAUUGGUCAAUUUAUGUCGCAGAAACAGGGCUAGUGGAGAUAAACGAAUAUCCUGAAGGUACUGAGUACAACAGAACCAUUAUCAAGGACGAUCUAUCAGAAACCUUCAGGGAGGCGGGAGCUAUUUCUUAA